GUUCUGAUGCAAAGUAUUACGAAGAUUAACUAGCAUUGAAGACUCACUACGCUUUCCAAUAAAUUUCCUUUGCUGUGUGGUCAUCUUAGUACUUUAUUAUGGCAUAUUCUAGCACAAUAAACUACAAAAUACGUGUCGACAAUGAAACGUUGGAAUGUAGCGAGAUCAUCGAAGCUUUGAGGGGUAACUCGACGAGUGUCGUAACGUGCCAGAUUGUGGGCGCCGAAACGCCCCGCCCCUGCGCAGAGUACACGCAGACCGCGGUAACUGCACUGACUUUUCUCGUGCUGACGAUGAUCAUUGCUUGCGGACUUGGCAUCGGAUUCAAAAUAGUUUACGAUAAAAAUAAAUCCCUUGAGAAAAUUGGAGAAGCGCCAGCGAAUCGACCUCCUCAGUCGCUUCUGGUCCUCCCGAGCCGCGAAACUGAAACAUUCCGAAGCAAGGCGUCAGAGAACACAUAUGUCUUGGACGAAUCUACUGAGAUCCUCCAAACUUCUCACGACCUCCCAGUGUACUUGGAGUUUGAAAAAGACCCCCCUGGAUGCGGCAAAGGUGGUGUUGAUGGUGACCGGAUAAUGAAUCCAUACUACUCAAAUGACCGAGAGAUUUGCGGGGAUUAUGCGAAUUGCAAACCUAAUCAAGUUCCCCUUUAAGAUGGCCUUCCGAAUGAGAACAACGAUGGAGAAAAUCAUGAAUGUUAUCCACGCAGUCAAUGAACCCUUGCGCGAAAUUUGUUGACUGCUUGGAUCAUGAUGGAAAAAAUGACACAGAUUGUGCCAUAUUGUACACGCAGUACAAAAUUAAAAUUAUUUUAGUAAAUAUCAACACGUAGCAUGAACGGUAAACUGUUUCUUUCAGUUUGCAGUCCCAUUUCAACGACCAAAAUAUUCCGAAAACAAUGAAAUUUUGGACAUUAUGGGACUGCGCUCAUGGGUGCGCAGAACAAUC